AUGACUCGCAGUACCAGCCACCGAGAUGAGGGUGACGGUGGUUGUUGGCAGAGAACCCGUGACUACCUCAAGGAACUUUACCAUAAUACACAAGAUCGCGAGAUGACUCCACGAUUAUUAGCCAGUUUAUGCUGUAUACUUUUGUUGUUAUUACUUCUUCUCAUUCUCAUUGGAAUCAUUCUCAACGCCAUUUUCAAUGCCUACUCGGUGAGCGAGUUUCUUCUGUAUCCACCAGUGUGCGAGGAAUGCCGUCGGAAGAAUCCAAACCUGGUCUCGGCUGCAAUGCCCUCGUCCCUUUUCGUCCACUUCUACUCCUCCAAUCAAGCUCAUUUCGAGUUACGCGGAAAUCCCCCUUUCAAAAGCAAUUCUUUCACUGCCAUCGAUUUUGAGACG